AUGGACUUCUGGGAGGAAGAGGUGGCCCAAGUACGUCGCCCCAAGCGUUUCAAGCGAGGCCAUACGGCUUGUCGUCGGUGUCGCUCGAAGAAAACAAAAUGCGACAACCGCCGGCCUUCAUGUGGUGUUUGCGUGGAGAAUCACGUUCAAUGUGUAUAUGGGGAGCUGGAUGGACAGCAGAUUCCACAGGAGCCAACGUUGACAGAUGUCAUGAAUCGCGUCAACCAUGUUGCUCAUCUUUUAGAGCUUUCUCGACGACCAGCAUAUGAAGAUUCGACUGUUUCUAGCUGUAAAUCGCUUCAUUCAUCCUCGCCUCCUCUAGACACAGCGCAAAACGCCACUUUCUCAGGAGCGUCUAAUCUGGGACGGCCCGCACAUGCUGUCAAAGCAGCCGGGAUCUCAUUUGAAGCUACAACCAAGUGGCCAAUCAUUCAGAACAUAAUUUCACAAGGCAUCAUCUCGCCUAGACAGCCAUCUAGUCCAUCGACGACAAACAAUAGCCCACAUAGUCAGAGGGAUGAGCCCCCGGCUGGGUUUAGAACGGGGAAUGCUAAAUGUCUGGCGGAGGAACUGACAACACCAUUAUCGCCAAUAGACAAGGCUCAUAUUCAAAACCUCUGCCAGAGGUAUCUGACUGUGGCGCACGUAAAGAAUCCGAUAUUCGACGUCUUAAGAUUCAACUUACAGGUCAAGAUGAUAAUAGACGGUGGGUUUGAUUGGGGUGAAGACUCCUGCGUUGUAAUGCUGGCAUGUGCCCUUGCCAAUACCGUGAAGCAAGUCGGGGAGUCGUUUGAAUACUCAAACCCUUCCCCAGAUUCCUACAAUCAGAUAUUCUACGACGCCUCGGAAAUGAACUGCACACCUGGCGAUGCGUUCUACCUUGCGGCCAAGAAGCGCCUUGGUCUCCUAGACGUCACGCUCACAUCGGUUCAGUGCUUCUUUCUGGCUGGACUAUAUGAGAUGUGUCGGUUGAGACCCACCAAUGCCUGGGUUCAUUAUAGUCAGGCUUGCAGUCGUUUGCAAUUUAUACUUUCUCAUCGGAACGUGAGAGAUGACAGUCUUGACACAGAGUUCCAUGUUUUAGAACGACUGUAUUUCUCCUGUUGUAGAACUGAGCGAGACCUUCGAGAAGAGCUCGGCCUUCCACCAGCAGGUAUUACCAGCUUACACUUUCCUCGGGAGUUUCCAAGUCUCCCUUCCUGGACCUCAUUCCACGGCAGUGUGAAUGAGAAUUCAUCCAACACAAACCCAAAUUGGCAGAUACUGCCAUCAAGCGUCAUACAACAACAAGAAGAACAUAGCUGGUACUAUUAUCUCGCGUGCAUAGCGCUGAGGAAAAAGGCUGAUUCUAUUAAUGACUUACUCUACGAGCCGGGAGAACAUGUUUGGCUGGAGAAUGUAGAGCAUGUGAUGGCCCAGGCCGUUCUCCAGGAGCAUGAACUUGACCAAUGGAGAACAAUAUUGCCCAAAACAUUGGAAUUUGAUGCUGACGAUGGUGCUCCCGAAGACCUAGCUUUUAUCUUGGAAUGCAGACAACUACAAUGGCGCCAGAUUUCUUACCGACCUUUACUCUAUUACGCUCUUCACAAGCCCGACACGGACCCAUACUUUGAUCGUGUAUUGCCAUUAGCACAGAAAUGCCUCCAGUACUGUGCUCUCACGAUCAAGCGACUUACAAGACCACAUCAUUACGAGGCGACCUGGUUUAGCUAUCGGGCCAUCUCCACCGCAACGCUAUUGAUUCUGGCUGCGCAACUCCGUGGACCUCCUUUAUAUGUACACAAUUGGCGAGCCUUGGUUUCGUUGUCGCUCCGGGUACUUGCUGCUCGCACAGCGCGCGCAGCAUACAUUGAUCAGGCGCGGCCAGUGCUGGAAACACUCCUGAAACACGUCACCAAAGAUCAUGAGUAG